UCCGAGUGACUUUUUCUCUCUCUCUCUCUCUCUCUCGCGUCUGUCUCGGCCAGGGCGGAAGGAGCACAGCGUUUCCUGACGCGUACUCUGUCGGUACCACGGCGUCGGGAGGGAGGGCUGCGGCGCAGAAAAACACACGCGUCUUUCUAGGGCGACACGCAUACCUGUCCGAGCGGGGCAUGUGACAGCUGGCGAGCGUCUUGUCUGUCAAGCGAAGGAACGGGAAAGCUGGUCGUCAAGAAAGAAGGAAGAAAAAAAAAAAAAAAAAAAGGGGCUCGACCUGCGGAGGGGAUUAAAGAGCUCUCCCCCGGUGGUUCCCGGUGUCCCGCCGCGACGGAGAUGGAGCGGCUGUGCGGACCAAAGCUCCCCUUCUGGAAUGCCAGUCUGACGUUGCACAAAGACGUGCCCAACCUCACCGAGUGUUUUCAGCUCUCCGUGCUGUCAUGGCUGCCGUGCAUCUACCUUUGGGUCGUGUCUCCCGUUUACCUCUUCUAUCUCAAGAGGAACAACAGAGGAUACAUCAUGAUGUCCAUGCUGAACAGGUUCAAGACGAUCUUUGGCUUGUUCCUGUGGAUUGUAUGUUGGACCGAUCUCUUCUACACAUUCCACGAGCUGCGGCAGAACCAGACGCAGCCGCCCAUUUACUUCGUGACCCCGCUGCUGCUCGGCAUGACCAUGCUGCUGGCCACGUUUCUGAUCCAGUUUGAGAGGUUACGCGGGAUUCAGUCCUCAGGGGUCCUCUUCAUCUUCUGGUUCCUGUCUGUGCUGUGCGCCAUUGUGCCUUUCCGCUCAAAGAUCCUGCAGGCCAAGUAUCAGGAUGAAGUUGCGGAUAAGCUGCGAUUCACCACAUUCUACUUCUACUUCGGCCUCAUUUUGUGUGAGCUGAUCCUCUGCUGUUUCAACGAGAAACCCCCCCUCUUCUCCAACGCCGUCUCCGACCACAAUCCCUGCCCUGAAAACACAGCGGGUUUUCUCUCCACCAUGACCUUCUGGUGGUUUACGACCAUGGCAAUUAAAGGCUACAAGAAGCCCCUGGAGGCCAAAGACCUCUGGUCUCUGAACGAGCGUGACAGCUCCAAGGUGAUGGUGCCCAAACUCCUCAGAGAGUGGGAGAAGGAGCAGGCCAAGUCCAAAAGUGAACAGAGUCUGUCCAGCCAGGCUGCAUACUCCAAAGUCCCACCAUCGACCACCAACCACAUCACAGGAGGAGGAGGAGGAGGAGGAGGAGGUGAAACCAGCCCGGAGGAAGUAGAGGUGCUGCUGUCCAAUCAGAAAGCUUCACCCCGCCAGCCGUCCUUCCUGUACGCCCUCAUCAGAGCCUUUGGACCCUACUUCAUGAUUGGCUCGGCCUUCAAGCUCCUGCAGGACGUCAUCACCUUUGUCAACCCUCAGCUGCUCAGGAUGCUGAUCACUUUCACCAAUGAUGACGAAUCUCCUUACUGGUGGGGUUACACUCUGGCUUUCCUCAUGUUCUUCACAGCCUUGACACAGACCAUCAUCCUCCAUCAUCACUUUCAAUACUGUUUUGUCACCGGCAUGAAUGUACGCACCGCCAUCAUUGGAGCUAUCUACAGGAAGGCUCUGGUGAUAACUAACGCCGCCAAGCGUUCGUCUACGGUGGGAGAGGUCGUCAACUUGAUGUCUGUGGAUGCACAGAGGUUCAUGGACUUGACCACCUUCCUCAACAUGCUGUGGUCUGCCCCUCUCCAGAUUAUGUUGGCCCUGUAUUUCCUCUGGCAGAACCUCGGCCCCUCUGUGCUCGCUGGUGUCGCGGUCAUGAUCAUGCUGAUUCCUUUUAAUGCUGUCAUUGCCAUGAAGACUCGAGCCUAUCAGGUUGAGCAGAUGCAGCACAAGGACUCUCGUAUCAAGCUGAUGAACGAGAUCCUGAACGGCAUCAAAGUGCUGAAGCUGUACGCCUGGGAGAACUCCUUCAGAGAUAAAGUCUUAGCCAUUCGGCAGAAGGAGCUCAACGUGCUGCGCAAGACGGCCUAUCUGGGAGCGCUGUCCACCAUGGCCUGGACCAGUGCACCAUUCCUGGUUGCCUUGACAACAUUCGCCGUGUAUGUGACUGUGGAUGAGAAUAACGUCCUCGAUGCGGAGAAGGCCUUUGUGUCGCUCUCGCUCUUUAACAUCCUCAGGUUCCCUCUCAACAUGCUUCCACAAGUCAUCAGCAGCAUCGUACAGGCCAGCGUUUCUUUGAAGCGAAUCCAGACUUUCCUGAGUCAUGAUGAAUUGGAUCCAGAUUCAGUCGACAGAAAGAACGCAGGCACAGAGUAUGCGGUGACGGUUGUCAAUGGGAAAUACACCUGGGCUAAAGAAGAUCCUCCAGUUCUACACAACAUUAACAUCAUGGUGCCACAGGGCUCCCUGCUGGCGGUGGUGGGCCACGUUGGCUGUGGGAAAUCCUCCCUGAUCUCGGCGCUGCUGGGUGAAAUGGAAAAAGUGGAGGGAGAAAUUUCCGUUAGGGGCUCAGUGGCCUACGUACCUCAGCAGGCCUGGAUACAGAACGCCACUCUGAGGGACAACAUCCUGUUUGGGAAACCCUACAAUGAGCAGAAGUAUCGCUGCGUUCUGGAGGCCUGCGCCUUAACCCCGGACCUGCAAGUUCUGCCUGGAGGAGACAUGACUGAGAUCGGAGAGAAGGGCAUCAACCUCUCCGGCGGCCAGAGGCAGAGGGUGAGUCUGGCUCGGGCUCUGUACAGCGACGCAGAUGUCUACCUGCUGGACGACCCGCUGUCCGCUGUGGACGCCCACGUGUCCAAACACAUCUUUGACAACCUUAUUGGUCCGGAGGGGGUGCUGAAAGGCAAGACGCGCAUUCUGGUCACACACGGCAUCAGCUUCCUGCCCCAGGUGGACAACAUAGUGGUUAUUGUGGAGGGCCGGGUGUCCGAGAUGGGCUCCUACCAGGAGCUGCUCAAACAGAACGGAGCCUUCGCAGAGUUUCUCAGGAACUACUCCCUGGAGGACAUCGUGGAGGAGGAAGAGGCCGCUGAUGAGUUUGAGGAGGAGGAAUUGUACCCUGAAGAUGCCCUCAGCAACCACACAGACAUGGUGGACAACGAACCGGUGAUCAAUGAAGCUAAGAGAAAUUUCAUAAGGCAGAUCAGCAUCAUUUCAUCAGACGGAGAGAACCCCAGAUCCCGCUCAGUGAGGAGACACGGCUGCAGCCAAAGGAAACAUUCAGAUCAAGCAGAGAAGAAGAAACCGCAGGAGAUGGAGAAACUCAUCCAGGCAGAGACCGCAGAAACGGGCAGGGUGAAAACCAGAGUGUACCUGGAGUAUGCCAAGGCGGUGGGGCCGCUGCUCUCGGUGGUCAUCUGCUGCCUGUACGGCUGUCAGAGCGCCGCCGCCAUCGGAGCCAACGUCUGGCUCAGCGAGUGGACCAACGACGUGCCGGCUAAUAACACCAAGGAGCAUGUACAUAUGAGGGUGGGGGUGUACGCAGCGCUGGGCAUUUCACAAGGUGUGCUGUUGCUGGCUAACUGCCUGUUGUGCCGGGCCUACAGUAUGCUGCGGGCAGCCAAGCUCACACACCGCAACAUGCUUCAGGGGGUCCUGCGAGCUCCGCAGGCCUUCUUCGAGAGCACCCCCACUGGGCGGUUAUUAAACCGCUUCAGCAAAGACGUGGAUGCUAUAGACUCCCACAUCCCAGACAAUAUUGACAUAUGGAUGCGCACUUUCUGGUACACACUGAAUGUGCUGCUCAUAUGCUCUGCCCUCACCCCAAUGUUCCUCAUAGUCAUAGCCCCGUUAAUGGUGUUCUAUUGGUGGGUCCAGAGAUUUUACGUUGCUACGUCUCGGCAGCUAAAGCGCCUGGAGUCGAUCAGCCGCUCUCCCAUAUACUCUCAUUUCUCUGAGACCAUCACUGGCUGUAGUGUAAUCCGAGCCUAUGGCAGACACUCUGCCUUUGUUCUGAUGAGUGAUAUGAAAGUGGAUGAGAACCAAAAGAGUUACUACCCGGGUAUAGUGUCCAACAGGUGGCUGGGAGUGCGUAUUGAGUUCAUUGGGAACUGCAUUGUGUUGUUUGCUGCCGUGUUUGCUGUGUACGGAAAGGCGAGCCUGAACCCCGGCCUCGUGGGUCUGUCCGUGUCCUACGCUCUACAGGUGACCAUGUCUCUGAACUGGAUGGUCCGGAUGACUUCGGAUCUGGAGAACAACAUAGUAGCAGUGGAGCGAGUGAAGGAAUACUCCGAGACCAAGACGGAGGCCCCCUGGGAGGUGGAAGACAAGAAGCCGCCUCCCGAAUGGCCCAUGGACGGGAAUGUGAAGUUCAGCGACUACAGCGUUCGGUACCGAGAAGGACUGGACCUGGUUCUGAGGAACAUCUCUCUGAAUGUGAAGGGAGGAGAGAAGAUUGGCAUCGUGGGGCGCACAGGGGCUGGCAAGUCCUCCAUGACGCUCUGCCUCUUCAGGCUGCUGGAAGCUGCAGGAGGAGAGAUCACCAUUGAUGAGGUGAAGAUAUCUGAGAUAGGCCUGCACGACCUGAGGUCCAAACUCACCAUCAUUCCACAGGAGCCAGUCCUGUUCUCUGGGACUCUGAGGAUGAACCUGGACCCGUUUGAGAAGUACAAUGACGAAGAGGUGUGGAAAGCCCUGGAACAUUCUCACCUCCACAAGUUUGUCAGCAACCAGACGGCAAAACUGGAGCUGGAGUGUUCGGAGGGAGGAGAGAACCUCAGCGUGGGCCAGAGGCAGCUGGUGUGUUUGGCCCGAGCUCUCCUGAGGAAGACGAGGAUCCUCAUCCUGGAUGAAGCUACUGCUGCUAUUGACCUGGAGACGGAUGAUCUCAUCCAGUCCACCAUAAGGACUCAGUUUGAAGACUGCACCGUCUUCACCAUCGCACACAGACUCAACACAAUCAUGGAUUACACAAGAGUGCUGGUGUUGGACAAGGGACAGGUAGCAGAGUUUGACACUCCUGCGAACCUCAUGUCGAAGAGAGGAAUCUUCUACGGCAUGGCUAAAGACGCAGGACUGACACAGUAGAACUGCAUUUCUGUCCCGCGGUGACAAACCGGGCUCGAGGAUCAUCUCAGUUCCCUUCAGUCUGGCCCUGUGCUUUUUAAAUUUUGCAGUGGAACUGAAGAGUACUUUUUUAACGUGCACUUGGUAUUUAUCGAGGCACUUAGUGCUCGUUUUAAAUGAAGCAUGAACUCCUUUGCAGACUUGGGUCAAACAGCACUCACACAGAGUUUGUCAGAAGCCACAUCAGGACAUUUCCCUGCUCUUCUGUUUGACUGUGUUGUCCUGCAGGGCAUAUAUAUAUAUAUAUAUGUGUGUAUGUGUAUAUAUAUAUAUAUAUAUAUAGGAAACAAAAAGCCAUAUGUGCACAUGCUGCUUGAUCCAAGUCUGCCCUUUAGUGCCUUCUGCCAGUGGGAUAAAGAAAGCCAGUGAAUGUAUCGUUUUUUAAAAUCGGCUGUCUGCUGCAAAACAAUGGAGAAAAAAGAAAAGGAGGAACUUUUUUAUUUUAUUUUUUCUACAAAGAAGAAUAUUGUGCCACUGUACCUUCCUCAUAAGAAAAAAAAAACUACAACUUUUGUACUGUACCAUUAUUUAAGCUACUUUUUAAACAGUUGUCUCAUCUAGGGAAGUUUGCUCAGUUAAAUAUGUGAUUCUUCUGUGAACCAAAUCUAUAAAAACUUGAAUUGUGUACCACCAAAAUAUGAAAUAUGAUAAUGCCUUUAUUAAAAAAAAAAAAAUAAGAAGGAA